GUGUGACUGCGGCAUCCCGCGGGAAAUGAAUCCGGCUCUUAACGCUUUCAACCUUAUAAGUUCAACGCCAAACAUUAUAUAUUUCUCCUCAUCCUCAGUCAAGGGCUUUUCAGACUCUUGCAAGUCAAUCUUCAUCCUUUGUCCUUUCUUUAUUCCUUAUCUCUUUUAGAGACUUCACCACUUGCAUUAUUUCCACUUGCUUUGUCCUUAGACUUCACAAUGACCACCCUUCAACCGUCUAACUCGCAAGGCCUUCGUGCCGAGAAGCUUGUUGCUCUCCCAAGCUUGUCAUGCGGUUUAUCCUCAUUACCCCAGGCCAAAAGCAUGGACAGCGUGUCACUUCAUCCGAACAUGUACGCGCAGCGGGCAGCCGAAAGUGAAGCAAAGUUGAAAAACGUUCUGUCAAAGACUGCUGCAUCAUAUUCGCAGACUACUCCAGCUAUUCCUGCCUACAUGAACCCCCCUCAUCAUAACUCAAAUUCACCCAGUUCGUCACCGCCCUUGAUGAUGCGGAAAUCUAAACCAAAAUUCUCGGCCUAACUGGCCAACCUAGACUUUCCUUCCUUUUAUAUCUUCCUCUGCUGGGAACUAUUGUAGAUCUUGCAUUACCAACAUAAAGCGGCACCACCCUCUCAUCGUCCAUCCUCAUCACUUGCAUCGCAUAUAGACACAUCGCAUACCUAUAUUCAUACCAUGGCAUCUUUUUCUUUCCCGUGGUUUUUUUUUUGUGGCCUUUGUUUUGUCCCACCAGCCCAGCGCUUUAGGUGAUGAUUGGAUUUUUAAUAUGGGUAGCGAGCUUAUACUUAGCCCGGGAGGUCUUUUACUCUGAAUCCGCUACGCGUCUAGUCAUAAUUUAAUGGAUAUUGGGUUUGUUGGGCAAUUG